UGAAGUGUGUUUUACUGUUUUUAUUUCGCUGGUGUCACGAAUUUCCGUGAAAAUGACGUCUUUUUCAUCAGCAACUUUGGAGAAGAAAUUAUCUGAUCUUUCCAACACUCAACACAGUGUCCAGACGCUUUCGCUGUGGCUUAUUCACCACAGAAAACACGCUAAAGCGAUCGUACAGUCCUGGUACAAAGAACUGACGAAAGCAAGGACAAGCAAAAAGCUUACCUUCAUGUUCCUGGCUAAUGAUGUACUCCAAAAUGGAAAAAGGAAAGGCACAGAGUUUUUAAAUGAAUUUAAACAUGUCUUACCAGCUGCAUUUCAGCAUUGUGCACAGGGUGGAUCAGUGGAAGCUAUACGUGGUCUUGAAAGGCUGAUAUCAAUAUGGACUGAGAGAAAUGUGUAUGAAGCAACUUUCUUAGUGAAGCUACACAAGUGUUUGGGUCAAGUAUCAGAUUCACCUCCACCUGAGAAGAAACAAAAGACCGAUGAUGAAAAACAAGCUCCACUGAUGGAGCCACCAGAUCCGGAGGAUUUAAUUAAAGCAUUAAUGGAGCUUGAAAACUCAGCUUCACAAGAUGCUGCUGUCAGAGAAAAGAUUGCUAAUUUACCAGCUGAAGUCCAAGAUGUGUCACUUUUAGAAAAAAUUGAAGAUAAAGAAACUGGCGAUCGUCUCUCCAAAAUUGUUGAUGAAGCUUGUUUAUUAUUGGCGGACUAUAAUGGUAGACUUGCUGCUGAGCUAGAAGAUAGAACAACAAUAUCCAAAAUGCUGGCUGCAUUUAUACAGCUCCAGAAAGAUAAACUAGCAGAAUCAGAGAAAAAACUUGAGGAAUACAAGGCCAAACAGGAAAAAGUUCAACUUGUCAGACAAGAGCUCAAAUCCCAUUUAGAAAAUCUUCCAGACCUAACGAAGCUUCCAGAUCUAGCAGGAGGUUUAGCCCCGUUGCCUUCUGCUGGAGAUUUAUUUGCUUCCGGAAAUAAGUCAUGAGAGUAACGAACUUUGUUAAAAUGUUUGACUGGUAUAUAAUUUAUUAAUGUCUUUAAUACAUUUAAACAAAAAAAAAUUAACUCCUGGGCUUUUAAAUAUCUGUUAAUUCAAGAGCGACGUCUUAUAAAUACGCGACGUGGAUGGUACAUGUAUGUUUAUAAGGCUGGUAAAAUGUCCUGUGAGUGGUGAAGAAUUAAGAAAACAAAGAAUCGCAGGUUUUGUAGGAAAAAUAGAAUUACUCAAUCUGAAUAUUGUUGAAUAAUAAACAGUGACCGGAGGGAAAAUGAUUUCUCGAUAGAAAUUAUUAUUAAACGUAUACAUUUCCUUCACUUUACAUUUUCUUCUUCAGAGAAGAGAAAUUGUGAUCGGUCAUUUUAAAUGUUUUACUUUCUCACUGUUUCUUGUUUCUUGUCAUCAGCGAAAUGAGAAUGUGUUUAGAAGAGGCGACUGCCCAAAUUUGAUCAAAUUACCUUUUAAUGCGCAGAAUUUGUCCCAGAUAUAGAAAAAGAGAGUUAGAGAGGUUGCUGCUCAAACGUUUCC